AGCAAGUGCGUACACGCGGAGGAAGCCACUGUCAUGUCAGCUCUCCACUUCACUCCACUCCCCUUCUUCUCCGCGGCCCUGCUCCCCUACUAGCCACCAUCCUCUGCGCCGGACGCACCCCCAACCAGGCCUCCCUCCGGAGCAGAUCGACAGAGAUCGCCGCCGCCAUUGCCCUUCCCCUCCAUCUCCACCCCCAACCCUUGUCCUGAAUCCAUAUGGAGACCCCACCCGCGCUGUCAGCCGCCGGCGGAGCCGAAACUCUCGCCGUCGCGGCGGCCGAAGAGAAGGCGGAGAAGCGCGCACGCAAGCGGAGCAGGUACCUCAGCAGCGACUAUGACACCGCCAUCCUCAUCGACGACGACGACGCCGCGGACCAUGAAGACGACAUUGCUGCUUCCCCAAGAAAGGGGGAAAACGAGGAUGCGGCGGCGCUGCUCCUCCGGCUCGAGAAGGCCAACGUCGCCACGGACGACCUGCUCGCCGCGCUCCUCCGAUCCGGUUCCUCCCCCUGCGACUUCGUCUCCCCGGGUCCGGACGCCGGCGUGUUCACCCGCUUCUUCGCCCUCCACAGGGCCUCCGUGUUCGGCACCAACUGCGAGGAUACCACCGCCACAGAUCAUCAUCACUCCAAGGUUUCCGCAGCUGCUCCUGCUGUCCACAGGCACGGGCUGCCGAACACAUGCGGCGCCAUGGCCGUGGCGGAUGGGUCCGCGGGCAAGAAACAAGACGAUGCCAUUGCCAUGGGACACGCACCUGCUGCUCACCACACUGCACCAGCAAAUGCAGCAGCACCAGCACCGAAAGAAGCCGGGCGCAAGAGGAAGAAGAAGAAUAAGGUAACAUUCACAUUGGAUGGCGCUGCAGUCGCCGGUUCCUCUGCUCAAGCUCAACCCGCUACCAGCAUUGCCGACGGCACCAAUUUGGUGCCCAAUAAGGCGAACAAGAAAAAGGCUAGGAGAAGCUCUGUGCAAGGGCACCAUCUCGGUAAGCCGGUAGCGGUGCUCCUGGACUUCGUUCCGUGUGGCAACAUUGAUCCGCCUUCCAAGGAGGAUCUCAUUUCCACAUUCCGCGGCUUCGGCUCCCUGAUUGAAUCCGAGAGCGACAUCGGCACCCGCCAUGCGCGUCUCGUGUUCCAGAGCAGCGCCGCGGCGGAGGCCGCCUACAGCUGUGCCCACACGCUCGGCAGGGUCACCGCGCGAAGGCUGCAAUACCUCCGUCCGCCUCCGCCUGCUCCGAAGAUCCCGCUGACAGACGUGAAGAAGAACCUCGAGAAGAUGAUCUCGUCGCUCACCGGUGCUUCGGUGCUCGGUAGGGAGGGCGCGCUCGACCUCGCCGGACAAAUGCUGUGCCUUAUGGCCAAAGUCGAUAAGACCCUGAGCCACGCCGGGUCAGGGCCUUCCACUGCAGCAGCUCAUGGCCAUUGAGCUCAGCUCAGCUCUGCUCUGCUUUUCUCUGCUAUCUGCUGGAUGGAGAUAAGCUCUUCAUGGUUAGUAAGUUAGUGUUCCAGUUGCUCUCGUAUAUGAACUACUAUAGGGAUGCUAGGUACUGGUACUGCUCGAACAAUCGUAGGUAGCUGCCAAUUUUCAGUAUGUUGCAAUGUUGAUUCUACCCUCAGCAGCUAUGAUCUACGAUUCAGAUUCUAAUCCCAUGUGUAAUAUCAACCUGGUACUUGUUGACAUGCUGAUCCUAGUUAGUUAGUGAUCCAGCUGGUCUUGUAUGUAGGUAGCUGCUAAUUUUCAGUAUGUUUCAAUGUAGAUUCUACGGUUUAGAACCGAGUUUCUGAUGUAAUGUGUAAUAUCUACCUUGUUCCCUUCGCUGAUCA